GUGUGUGUGUGCUGCGAUUUGAUUUCGGCCCGUCGAAAACGUCGCGUACACUUGCUGCGGUGCGUUUUGAUUGAAUCCGCGAACCCCGCGAACGCUGAGCUAGCGAAACAGCAGCGAGCGAGCAGCAGCAACAGUGCGAGUGUGACGGAAUCCAUCGUGUAUUUUUUUUUUAUGUGGAUCGUGUCUGUGUCUCUCGCGAACAGCGCGGAUUGUGUGUUGGUAACGAAAGAACAUUGACAGACAGCGAGCAAAAGAAGAGAGAGACGAGACAGCCACUGGCAGCAGACAACAGUGAAGGAAAAAAAGCUCUUUUCUGUGACGAUUUUUGCGGAAUUACCGAGCGAUACCCCGGAGGAACCGACCGUCAGCGGCUAGAGACAUCCGAGGAUUCGAGUUUGCUGCUGGAUUCCGACGCGUUCUAUCCUACAAAACAUGGAGUCCCCCACGGCCCUACUGGAUGCCGUCGCCAGUUCAUCACUAUCAGUAGCUGGUCCCUCGUCGUCUUCGUCGUCAUUGUCCUCGUCGUCGACGGUGGAAUCUCCCGCGGCUGCAGCGAAAGAAAUUUGUAAAUUUUUCAAAAUGGGCACCUGCCGCUACGGGUCGUCCUGUCGGAAUGAACAUGCAGCCUCCGCUAUGGAACAACCGGAACCCGGUCCAUCGUUUGCAGCCGAUCCAGGACCCAGUACCAGUUCCAACAGCAGCAGUUUCACAAUUGAUCCUCUCAAGUGGAUCAACGCGCCGGAAUUCGUUCCGAAGUUCAAACAGUGGCAACCCCCUACUGAUUCGGUUGAGGUGCAAGAGGCGGAUGAGGUUUCACCGGAAGAACUGGGAGUUCCAAUGGAUUUGGCCGAAGAAGAUGUGGUAGCUGAUGACGAAGCGGAGGAGGAAGACGCCGUCCCUGCCGCUGGAAUGUCCUACGCGGCCAUUGUCACAAUGAACAACAACCACAACGGCUUGGGGAUCAUCGAGGACCACGUCGAUUCUGUGCUAUGUCCGUACUUCGAGAACAGCGGCGUCUGUAUGGUGGACACGUGCCCGUAUGCCCACGGAGCUAUGUGCGAGCUGUGCGGUAAGUUCUGUCUGAACCCGCUGGACAAGGAACAGCAGCGGCUGCACAAUGUCGAGUGCAUCAAACAGCACGAGCUGGACAUGGAGCACUCGUUCGCCAUCCAGCGAUCGAAGGAUAAGAUCUGCGGCAUCUGUUUGGAGGUGAUUCUGGAGAAGCCGAGCCGGGAGCAACGGUUCGGAAUCUUGCCGAACUGCAGUCACAUUUUCUGCCUGGAGUGCAUCCGGACGUGGCGACAGGCGAAGAACUUCGAGAACAAGAUCAAACGAGGCUGCCCCACGUGUCGCAUCUCGUCGGACUUUGUGUGUCCCAGUAUCGUGUGGGUAGAGAGCCGCGAGGAGAAGGAUAAGCUGAUCAACGACUACAAGAAGGCCUGCAACACGACGCACUGCAAGCACUUUAAGCAGGGUACGGGCAAAUGUCCGUUCGGGAACAAGUGCUUCUACAAGCACGCCCUGCCCAACGGUCAGCUGGUCGAUGUGGGUGGUCCGUCUCGACAGACCGACAGCCGACUGCGGAUCAGCCAUCUACAGGACUUUUUCCGCGAGGUGCUGCACCAGCGAGGGCGCCUUUUGACCGACUUUGUGUCGUCGAUCUUCUCCGACAGCGACGACUCGGAGAUGUCCGAAUUGUACGAUCUGUACGACAUCUAGUUGCUCAGCCCUACAACAGUAGCAGCAGCAGCAAUAGCCCGCCAGUCGCACCAGCAGCAAACGCACCAGGAUCAGUCGCAGCUGCAGCCACAGCAGUCCCAGAAUGGCCAAUUGUGCCACCAGCAGCAGCAGCAGCAACAGUACCAACACCACCAAUACCUUUACUACUACUAUUACUAUCAAAUCCUUACCGGCAGCGGUGGUAGCACCAGCCGCAACAGUAACAACCGCAUCGGCGGCGGCGGCAGUAAUUGUAUUUUCGUCUAUUUAGUCCAUAUUGGAAGUGGAGGAGCAACGCUCGUGGCCGUCGGACCUGGUGGUGGUGGAGGAGAGUAAGAAAACGUGUGUUCGUCUUUGCCCCGACCAGGUUAGUAGAUACAUAGUAGGCCACGACAGAUGGCGCAGUAGGCUCCGCCAGAUGGCGUGCUCUUUGUUUACACGUGCGAGUGAGAUUGGCGCCCGGAUUCCGCUUGGCGGCGUGCCUAAACUGUAGGAAAUUCCUGACGUAUUCGACAUAAUCUGUGCCCCGUUGUGAAAAACGCGGGACAGACUCGUAAAAUUGUUGAUGUCGAGUUUCUUGUUGUUUCAUGAUUUCUGCCCCGAUUCUAAAAUGUUCACGUCCUUAUGCGUUAUCGAUUGAUUAACUUAUUUAUUUGAAGAUUGUUCUGUAUUUCUAUUUUCUGUGUGAAAAUUCGGCAGUCUAUUGAUCAUCUGUGUUAAAAUAGCCCAGUUCUGAAGGUAGAGAUUCGAAGAUUCUUCGUUCUGGCAAGGGAGUAUUCUUCCAAACAAUUGUUCAUAACUAUUAUCGUCAUUUCUACUUUAUUUGGUACAUUGUAAUUAGUGUGUAAUAAGUUUGAGAAAAAAAAGUCGAUUUCCCAUCGCUAUCGAGUUAUUGUUAAGUUAUAACGGAAAGCCAUAUAACCCACCUGCCUCCGCCUGGAGAGAGAGCACUCCGCGCCGGAUAUCGCACUUGUCCUCCGCUUGAGAAGAAAAGUCGCCGAGUAUCCGCGUGAUCAUUGCGCAAGCGUUCUAAAAAAAUGAACGAUUGCCCUCAAAAUUUAGCUCAAUUUUACGUUUAGGAAGUCAAACCGUAUAGUUUUGUACCUGAAAAUCAUCGGAUUCUACUACCUCUCGCUCCUUCCCUCUAUUGUUCACUCAAUUCUCUCACCUCCGAUUCAUGCAAACACGUUCGAAGUAGCCCUUGCUUUGUACUGACGACGACAGGUGGGAGGCUCAAAUUCGAAAUUUUUGAUUUCAAACAGUUGAGUGAUGCAAACGAGCACGUUGCCAGGCAGGGCGAAUGAAACAAAUACAAACAUAUUAUACUCCGGUUUGAAGCAAAAGAAAUGUAUCAAUGAAAAAAAGUUAAACUCUAAUAAACAAUAUCUAUUUCUAUAUUAGGAAUCGAUUGAUUAUCAAUAGAAUCGUUUAUAAAGAGCAAAACUAUUCAAAUGUAGGCGCCACAGAAAGUCAUCAAAAACGCAAAACCGAAAUACACAUUCAACACGCAUACACUACACACACCUACCUUAUGAAACAAGUGUGAUCGUUAUUAUGAGCAGACACGCAAAACACGUUUACACACUCACACACACCUUCAAGCGCAAGAAUAUCCGCUAAAUGCCUAAACAACACUAUUGAAAAUGAUUAUCAAUAAUCAUCAAUUAUAUGUAACGGAUUAUUACGAUUAUAUAUAUAUUACCUAAUAAAACUUACAAUAAUAGUUGUUUUUAGCGAGAAAAAAAAAACAUACGAACACAGAACACUUAACAAAACGUUGUCGUCGUUGUCGAUCAUUAUUAUGACUUUGUGAAUUCGAGAGAUCAAAACAAUACUAACCACUGGCAUACUACGCGCGAGCAAAACAAAAAAAAAUGCAAACAGAAGAAACAAACAAAAAAUUGUGAAGCGAUUCCUGGAAUCGAACAGCUGCAUGUGUUAUUAGAUUGAGAGGAAAAAACUGAAAAAAAUACGAAUGGCAAAAGUUUAAUAUACAUUAUGGUAAAUAUCUACUAGAUUGAAGCAAACAUUAGAAAAAAAAAGAAA